CUGGACACUGUUGUGGCGACGUAACGGUGUCUUCGGGUGGAAGAUAGCUAUGUUAGCACUGAAAUAGUUAACGGUAGUUAGCAACAGUAGUCCUGACGAAUCGUUUGGGGAACAACAAUUAACUUGGUAUUUAACUAAUAUUAACUUUUAUAAUUACGAUAAUUUUUUGACAAGUUAGGCUCAACUUUUGAAAGAAGAUCAACAGCGUUAUCUUAAAAGAACAGUAUUUUUUUUUUUUGGGGGGUGAAAUUUUAACAUGUUCAAAAAAGCCUCCGAAGAUGUAUUUGGAUAGGGACGUCAUUUGAGAUGUGGUAAGACAAAAGACCCUCUACAAAAGACCAGGAUGACAGAACCAGCCAGUGACCAGAACCAUCACCUGAAAACUUCAGAUGCCCCAUCAGGUGGGAGUGGACCCUCUUCGGAGCAUCCGCCGACCAGUGACCAUGCAGUCCCAGAGUCGGGCGAUAGGGGGCGCCAGAGAGACCCGCAGCCCAAAGCGGAAAACGGCGCUGUGGAUAUCAACGCUGACAAGUUAUGGCAAAUGCGAGGCGGACAGAGGGAGGUGUGUCGAGCCCUAGCUGCCGGAAACUCUCUACCUAAAUGCCCCGUGGCGGUCCAACACUGUCAAGGACCGGCCGUGGACGCGUCAGGAGACGGGAAUUUUGCCGCACACGGCAACAGCGGAGACGGGCCGCUGGAGGAGACUUUGAGCCAAGUGCAGGGGGAGAGUGGCUCACACGUUGACACCGGCCCCGGAUCAGAUGCGCGCCUGGGCAAGAAGAAGCACCGACGCCGUCCGUCUAAGAAGAAGCGUCGCUGGAAGCCCUACUUCAAACUUUCAUGGGAGGAGAAAAAGGCCCUCGACGAGCGGGAGACCGCCCGGGCUUCCCGGGUGAGGGAGGAGAUGUUCGCCAAGGGGCUCCCCGUGGCCCCGUACAACACCACCCAGUUCCUGAUGGACGAGCACGACCGAGAGGAGCCCGACCUGAACACCGAGACAGGGCCGAGGCGGCUCUCCGGCCCCGGUGUCCGCCCGGAGGACACUGCCAGCGAGGAGGACUUCAUGGAGAACGAGGAGGAAGAGGAUGACGGCAGCUGCGGUGGCAGUGACGGCAUCGGGAGACCUGGAAACGCGGGAGGAGAAUUCCUCCAGAGAGACUUUUCCGAAACCUACGAAAGGUACCAUGUCGAGACUCUCCAGAAUAUGAGCAAGCAGGAGCUGGUCCAGGAGUACCUGGAGCUGGAGAAGUGCAUGUCCCGCCUGGAGGAGGAGAACAACCGGCUGCGACGCAGCAGCACCGAGCCGGGGGUCACCGCCGAGAGCCCGCUGUCCCCCGGGGACCCCGCGGCGACCCGGGUCCGGGAGCUGGAGGGGGAGCUGGAGAGACUGCGGGUGCAGAACGACGCGCUCCGUCUGCAGAGUCUGCCAAAUAACGAGCGAGGUCCUGUUGUGACUAACUGAGGGGGGCGGGGGUCAUGUGUUUUCCUUUAAUUGUUUUGUUAUCCAAUCGGUUCCGUGAUUGAAUUGCUUGUACACUUGUACAAUUCAUUUUCUAUUUGGACUUUGCGCCAUCGUAUUCAAACUUUUCAAGAGGUAAUGUAAAUAUUUACAAAAAAAUAAUAAUAUUCCUUUUAUGAAGCGAAUGUAUUCGAGACUACGAAACUUGUUUUUUUUCUCUCUUGUUAAUAUACAUUAAAAAAUACAGUCCCAUUUUGAAUCGAUGUUAAUGGUUGAUUUUCAAAAAAUGUAAUUGUUCAAGUGCAGCUUAUUGGACCGGCUUGCAAAGUGUUUUGUUAUUUUGCAGGAAAAAUUAAUAAAUCAAACCUUGGAAGAACAUUUGUGUUUUAUUGGGACGUUUCUGCAAAUAUAGGGUAAUGCGUUUUGAAAUGACCCAAAGAUGGGAUGCAGAAUAAACGAGGGGAUGGGAAGGCCUACUGUUCCCCAUGUGCGAAAGGAGGACUUCUGGGCCCAUCCUACCAAGUCUGAUCAAUGUUAUUGUCUUCAUGUAUAAAGCUAUACGCGCAAAUUAUAAUCGAGUAAUAUUUGUUCAUUUGGGCGUGUUGGCCGACCGAAUGCAUUUUCAACAGCAUUCAGUCUAGACCUUAAUAGCUAAUCAAUAUCCAAAACGGUAGGUCUAUAUUUGUAAGUUGUUUGUGAUGGGCGAAGCGUCGGAGAUUGAGUUCCUGUGCAGAGACAAUGUGCAGGAGAAACUGGGAGGCGCGUGGCCGCGUCGCCCCACUAGAGGGC